AGAGUACAAUCACAGAUGAAAUCACUAAUUCUUCACUGCUCGAUUUCAAACUGUCCGUGCUGUUUGUCAGUUUCAGAGAGCGGCCCCCCGCCUGUCCACCAUGAUGAUGAUGAUGAUGAAGAAGUCUCUAGAUCUCAGGAUGUGGAGUCUGAUAUCCAAGCUGCUGUCCCUCUCCCUCCGUUGGUGGAAGAUGACUUUGUGCCGGACGAUCCUCGAGAAAGUCCACAUCCUUACGAGGAUCAAACUGAAUCCAUCGACACAACCGGAGUUCUGGUGGAGGAGCAGCUGCCAGAGGAGAGUGGAGAGUCGGGACGAGACUUAACAAGCUCCAAAUUCACACAGGAAGCAGAGCCAGAUGUGGGAGCAGAAAACCCGUCUGAAGCACCAGUGGAGCCAGAACCACAGAAGGAAACAGCCAGAGAGACAGAGGAAACAUCGGAGAAACGGGCCGACGAGAAGCUCAAAGAAAAAGCAAAGAAAAAGAAACCUAAAUUGUUGAAUAAGUUUGAUAAAACCAUUAAAGCAGAGAUCGACGCUGCAGAAAAGCUUCGUAAGAAGGGUAAGCUGGAGGAGGCGUUGAGAGCGUUUGAGACGCUGGUGCAGCAGCAUCCUCAGAGCCCCCGCGCUCGCUACGGAAAAGCCCAGGCGGAGGACGCCCUGGCUGAGAAGCUGCGGAGCAAUGACAUGCUGCAGAGAUCCAUUAACACCUACAGAGAGGCCGCGGAGCUCCCCGACGUGACCUCUGACCUGCUGAGAGCCGCGCUGAAGAGACGAGCCGAGAGACAGCAGUUCCUGGGUCGGAUACGUGGGUCUCUGGCGACUCUGGAGAAGUUGGUUCAGCUCUUUCCAGAAGACAUCGGUCUGAAGAACGAACUGGGCGUCGCCCACCUGUUGCUAGGAGACAACAAGGGCGCCAAGAAGGUCUAUGAUGAGGUUCUGGCGGUUGCCCCCAGCAACGGCUUCGCUAAAGUUCACUACGGUUUCAUCCUGAAGUCCGAGAACAAGAUAGCAGAGAGUAUACCAUACCUGAAGGAGGGUUUGGAGUCGGGGGAACCCGGGACGGAUGACGGGCGUUUCUAUUUCCACCUGGGUGACGCCCUGCAGAGGGUCGGAGACAGCAGCGCCUAUCACUGGUAUGAGUUGGGUCACAAACGCGGCCAUUUUGCCUCGGUGUGGCAGAGAUCUCUGUACAACGUGGACGGACUGAAGGCUCAGCCCUGGUGGACGCCCAAAGAGACCGGAUACACCGAUCUGGUCAAGACGUUGGAGAGGAACUGGAAGACGAUCAGGGACGAGGCUCUGACUGUGAUGGACCAGAACACGGGGCUGUUCAUACCGGAGGAGGAGAACCUGAGAGAGAAAGGAGAGUGGGGCCAGUACACACUCUGGCAACAAGGUAAAAAAGCAGGAACUGCCUGUCAGGGCGUCCCAAAGACCUGCUCACUGCUGGAGAGAUACUCUGAAGCUACAGGCUGCAAGAGAGGACAGAUUAAGUUCUCCGUGAUGCAUCCAGGAACUCACGUGUGGCCUCACACCGGUCCCACUAACUGCAGACUGAGGAUGCACCUCGGCCUCGUCAUCCCCAAACAGGGCUGCAGGAUCCGCUGCACCGACCAAACCAGGGAAUGGGAGGAAGGUAAAGUCCUCAUCUUCGACGACUCCUUCGAGCACGAGGUCUGGCAGGACGCCGACCGUUACCGGCUCAUCUUCAUCGUGGACGUGUGGCACCCGGAGUUAACGGCGUACCAGCGGCAGACGCUGAGCCCCAUUUAGACGGACGGAACCACGGCAGACCGGUAGGAACAGACAGACUUAUCAGACCUGACGGUUCUUCCUCCGUGGAUUAAAACACGGACUGAAGGAGUCGGAGAAGACGGACGUUUUGACCGACGGAGCGGGGACGGGUUUUUUUUUUUUUUGUGUGUCUUUUUGUUCAGGAGGAGAAACUAAAUAAUUCUCUGUCGAAGGAUCAAACCGUCAGACUGAAGAAAUGAAAAUGUUACUACUGACGUUACAACCUUUCGCCC